GAAAGAAACAUAGAAACAUGGACCAAACAUUAAGACUUAUCUGCGUAUGUGCUUGCAUAGUGAUAAUUCUAGGGUGUUAUAUUGUGCAUGAAACACAAAGAAGCCUUACUACAAUCUCACUGGAUUCAUUCAAAGACCCCAUGCCGCUCCCUCAUGUAAAAAUGCCAGAGUCUCAAUUCCGUAGCAGGAAGAAAGAACUUAACUGGGGUCACAGAUUAUUUCUGAAUGCAACAAUCCACAUGAUGCUGAAGAAGAAAAAUAGUGAUGUAAAGGAAUUUGACAUCAAAUAUCCACAUUCUUGUAAAAUAUGGAGACAUUAUGAACAAAGUAAAAUAGAUCAAUCAAUCUUAAUUUAUAGCAAGUAUCCAAAGUCUGGAAGUUCAACCUUAACACAUCUGCUGUAUAAUGCAACUCUAUUGAAUGGAGCUAAUCUCAGAUAUACAUUGAGCCGUGGUGCAAUGGGACUAACGGGGA